CUUCGCUAACCCCACAGCUCAAUGCAUGACAGAGAGGCAUCAGACGACGAGGAAGGCAUCUGGACCCCUCUCCAGCUGGCCGCUGCGCAAAGCGAUUUACCCCAUGUGAAGCUUCUCCUGGAUCAGCCCUCCGGCAGCAACCCUAACGAGCCUCCCCGAGGCUACUACGGUCACACCGCACUCCAGGCAGCUUCGCUCAACGGUCAUCUCGAGGUGGUCGAGACCCUUCUAGCCGCGGGAGCCCAAGUGGACGCACCCGGGGGCAACAACGGCGGACGCACCGCGCUUGCCCUGGCCGCUGGUGCCGGCCACUUCCCCAUCGUCCGGCAUCUGGUCGUCGCCGCCGGCGCGGACAUUACUCGUCCCCCGCACAAAUACAAUGGACGCACCGCCCUGCAGGCCGCAGCGGAAGAGGGCCAUUUCGAGAUUGUACAAUGGCUGUUGUUAUACCAUCAGCAGCAGCAACAGCAGCAGCAGCAGCCCGUCACGGAAGUCAUCAACGCGCCUCCCGCCAGCAACCGGGGCCGAACUGCGUUGCAAGCCGCGUCGGCGGGCGGGUUUGAUGAGAUGGUGGAGUUCUUGCUGCAUGCCGGCGCGGAGGUUAAUGCACCCGCCUCCCGAUAUCAAGGCGUUACAGCCCUCCAGGGUGCGGCCUUGAAUGGUCAUUACACCACAGUCCGUCGGCUCCUGGCAGCGGGGGCCGACGUCAACGCCCCUGGGGCCCGGUAUAAUGGCUACACGGCGCUGGCGGCAGCGGCGGCAGGCGGUCACGCCGAUAUUGUGCGACUCUUGCUGGACGCGGGCGCGGAUCGAGCCAUGGUCUCUGGGAAUAAGAUGUGGACGGCCGCACGGUUUGCGGUUGCGCGGGGGCAGAAAGGGGUUGUAUGGCUGUUGGGGUAGAGGGAGGGCGCGAAAUUAGUGUCUAUGAGUCCUCAUUCGCUCUCUCAUAGCGUUUCCAUGAGGGUCAAUUCUCGUUGGUCGGCAGAUUGGAUCAUGACUCCUUCCCGGUGGGCGCGUUGGAUGAUAAUGAUGAUGAUGAUGAUGAUGAUGUUGUUGUUGUUGCUGCUGCUUUCCCCAACCUCUUUAGGGCUUCCAGUUCAGCAUCCGGUUGAAUUGAGCGCUUCGACACAAGCACUCUCCUCGUUGUAAAAGGUUACUGGAUCGAUUAUAAUUUUUCUAGAUACAUUCAUUCAAAG